AUGCAUGUAGAUGUAAUGAAAUUAGUCAUGGAUAUUGAGGACACGCUCCAAAAUGAGUUAUCCUAAAAAAAUUAAGUUACCAUUUCUGAUCAUCAACAGCGAAAUUUCAGAUAGACUAAUUCCAGCAAAGUAUAAGUUAAUACUAGACAAAGUGGUAAGACGUCACAGUUUAGUGACUCCGAUGAAAGCUCACCAUAGAGUCAUUUAUAAGAGAACUAUACCAACUCGUCUGUUUUGUCAGAUUCACAAUAAUUUGACACACAGGGCAGGUUAAAAGAAGAAGAAAAAAGUUUAUAUAGUGAGAUAGUCAAAAUGACUAAAUCAGAAGGAAUCCACUUAGAGGAGCGCAAAAUCAUUAUAGACAUUAUGAAUGCAUCUAGUGCUCAGGAUUACACUGGUCUAAGCAAAAGGGAUACCAAAAAGGAUACAGUCAAGUAUACGCCUGAAGAAAUGGAGCGCCUCAAUUAGAGAAUCAACCUCGAAAUACUCAAAAUAAAAAGAGAAAAUAGAAAUUCACAGUAAAUUGAUGAAAUAGACACCAAAGAGCUAGCUCAAGGUAACGAUUAGAGGAGAAAGAGACUUCUAAGUCAUUAGAUUGACGAAGAUGGCAUUAAUGGUGAGAAGAGAACCAGUUAAAUAUAUAGAUAACCAGUGGUUCCCAUUGAAACAACAAGAAAAUCAUUAAAUCGGCGCAAUACAGAAAAGAGCAGUUCAAUAUCUAGACAAGAGUCACUUAAUACAGUAAGCGUUAAAUCAAGAGUCUCUAGAUCAAAGACUUAAAUAAAAAAGAAUUUGAAAUUCGACAAGCAUCCUCCGUAAAUCAUAUAAAAUCAGGAAUUAUUAGCUCAGGUUCUUAAUGGAGGCAAAAAGACUUUAAAGGUAAAAGAAUUAGUUGAACAGCACUAUUUGAAAAAAGGACUCGCUAAAACAAGACCCUCGAGCAUGAGAAGAAAUGAAGAUAAUUCUUAGAAUUAGGCUUCAUCCAUGAAUAAUAUAAAUAAGUAGGAAACACUGAAACAAUUGAAAAUCUAGACUUAGAUCAAAUAAAGUAGAACAAGUGUGGUAUAGCAGCAACUAAACUUGCAAGAUACCAACAAUAGUUCUAAAAUCCCUGAUGAUAUGAUAUCACCAUUGCCAAUCUUAAAACCAUAGCAGUCUCCAUAAAGGGUCUCUACCAAGGAGUCAAACUAGGAUCAAAAUUACCAGGAGAAUACGCAUUGCUUAUAAAUAUCUAAUAAUGACAAUUCUCAAGCCAUAGGAUUCAAUGAGGUCAUGGCGGAAUCUGACUAUCUCAGCUACUCAAGUGAUGAGUGCAAUGUAGGUCGAAGUAAAAGUCGAGGCAAAAGCAGAAACAAUCACACAAUCAAUGUUGCUCCUCUAGUUCAACAAAACAAAAAUAAAAUGCAACCGACUUCUCAGAAUAGCUAAAUGCAAACUAAAAAUGAUUCUUCCUGCAAGAAUAGAACUGUUAGCACUUCAUCUAAUAGCAAAAGUAUUAAAACUGCUUGGAGGAGCAUAUUUCCCAAUUCCUAUAAAAUCAACCAAAAGGCUUGA